CUGAACCAGACCUUCCUUUGUAGCCUGUAUCUACCUAGGUAUCUGCCCCUGUCGGUCCCCUUUUGGCCCUUUUCCAUGUUCCUUCUUUUUUUUUCGUUGGUGGUCUGGAUGGAGUCCCGCCCGAGAACGGAGAUCAGCAGGGCUGGGAUGUGGACCAAUCGUCUUUCACGGAUGCUUAAACGUGUACAGUGUACAAAUAUGACUAUCGGCAUGAAGCACUCUCCAUUAUCUGGCCCGUCGUAUCUCCCCAUCUCCAGGAGUUUAUUUUUUUUUUUCAUUGUUCCCCAAAGAUUUUAUCACCUGAAUUUACCGCCAAGGAUGCUAGUUCGAUCGAUUGGCCUCGUGUCUCGCCUAUAGUAGUAGGUGGUCAGUCACUCGGUGGAGUAAAGAGGAUAAAUAAAAGAGAAGCAGCGAUCUGGACCGUCUAGGGAAGCCAGUUAGGUCCUCUGUAUGGCGCUCGCUGUUCUUGUCGCUGCUUGGAGUGGUUGACUGCUUGCUGUAGCGAUUCGUAAACCAAGUCCACAGGUCGUCAUCGCCCCGGCGGUGCGCCUUGGACCAGCCCGGCUGGGAGGUGGGGGCCCAGUUUCGGUUGAAGCUUCCUCCUCAGAAGUGAGGGGGUGCUAGCACUGCACUUGCACUGCAGGGAUUAUAGGGGGUUUCUGAUACUGUGCUGACUGUUUUUAGUUGGAGGGGGAAGCGGAAGAGGGGCCGACACCUAGCAUUGACUCCAGGAACAGGGCGCUUGCUUCUGUCCAUUUCACUCUCAUUCUUUCCGCAAUCUCCAAACUCUCCGCCGGUC